UUGUAGCCAGGUGAAUGUUUUACUAACUUUUAUGUUUGAUAACUUUGAUUGUUUUAAUUUUUAUACUUAACUUAUCUCAUUGAGUUUCUUUGCGACAGGUCUCCUUAUUGGCAACAAAUGGUUGAUGCCAUUACCAUAUGCGGGGCGGGGUUCAAAGCCCCUAGUGAGAGUGAUUUGAGGGGACCCAUUUUGUCUCGAAUGGUGGAUGAUGUGAAAAAGGAUUUAGAUGAACAACGCCACAUAUGGAGCACUAAAGGUUGCACCAUCAUGAUUGAUGGUUGGACGGAUAGGAGAAAUAGAACUCUCCUUAAUUUUCUUGUUUCUUCCGCAGGGGGCACCGUUUUCAUCAAGUCCAUUGAUGCCUCCGCCCAUUGCAAGAAUGCCACCUACCUAUGUGAGCAGAUAGAGGAGGUGAUUGAAGAUGUGGGUGAGGAGAACGUGGUACAGGUGGUGACCGACAAUGCAGCAAAUUAUGUUGCUGCGGGUAGACUAUUGAUGGAGAGGCACCCAUCUAUAGUUUGGACUCCAUGUGCUGCUCAUUGCAUUGACCUCAUGUUGGAGGAUAUUGGAAAAGUCCCAUGGGUCAAGAGAUGUGUAGAAAGGGCAAGAAAUGUCUGUAAAUUUGUAUAUAAUCAUUCAUGGGUGUUGGCUCUUAUGAGACAAUACACAGAGCAGAAGGAGUUGCAUUGUCCAGGAAUCACAAGAUUUGCCACAAACUUCCUCACAUUGCAGUCCAUGCUUAGGUCUAAGCCUGCCUUGAGACGUAUGAUUGUUGGUGAGGAGUGGUCUUCCUCAUCCUAUGCUACCACCCCUGCAGGGAUAGAGAUGGCAGACUGCAUUUUUGAUGAGCAAGGCUUUUGGGUCCCUUGUGAUGAGAUAGUGAAGUUUGUUAAGCCCUUGGUGGUUUUGUUGUGAGUUGCGGAUGGAGAUAAGCCCGCAAUGGGCUAUAUAUAUGAGGGCAUGGAUAGGGCGAAGGAGGCCAUCAGAUUCGUCUAUGGAGCAGAUGAGAGCAAGUAUGGUCCCAUUUGGGAGAUCAUUGAUAGGAGAUGGCAUCAUCAGCUACAUAGGCCCAUCCAUGCGACAGCCUAUUAUCUGAAUCCGGCAUUCCGUUUUAUCCCUUCUUUCAAGGCUGAUGCGGAGGUCCUUAAUGGGCUAUAUGCAAUCAUGGAGAAGAUGGGACCUGCUGGUACUUCUCAGAUAGACCUUUUUCGAGAGCUACAGAUGUUCUUAGAUGCACAAGGGGAAACCUUCUCUCGUCCUAUCGCCAAAGACGGUAGGACAACUAUGAUGCCAGGUAAAAAUAAAUUGUUAGGCUUAAUUUUAGUUUUAUUCAAUACUAUAUUGUAACUUGUUAAAUGAGUUCAUGAGUGAGACUGAUUUUAUUUAUUUUUCUCAUUUCAAACUCAGAUCAUUGGUGGAACUUUUUUGGCCCAGAGACACCAAAUGUUCAGAAGUUGGCCAUUCGUAUCUUGAGCCAACCAUGCAGCGCAUCAGGUUGUGAGCGCAAUUGGAGUAUGUUUGAGCACAUACACUCCAAGGGGCGCAAUAGAUUAUCUGUGGAGAAGAUGAAUGAUCUCGUCUUUGUUCACUACAACCUCCGCCUGAGAAUGAGAAAGAAUGCAACAGUUGACAUGUCUCCUAUCAUUCUAGAUGAGGUUAAUCUUGAAGUAGAGUGGGCCAAUGAGAA